AUGUGCACGUGCAGCUUGUCCAACGCGCAGCAACUUUGGGACGAAUGGGAGCUCCAAUGCUUGGUCGUGGCCAGCUUUGCCUUGCAGGCCUUCUUCCUCUUCGCCGCGAGCAUCCGGCGGCGCAACCCGUCGACCGUGCUCCGCGUCCUGCUCUGGCUCGCGUACCUGUCGGCGGACUACGUCGCAGUGUACGUCCUCGGCCACCUGACCCUCAAGAUAGGCGAGCCACGGCACGAGCUGGUGCUCCUGUGGGCACCGGUCCUGCUGCUCCACCUGGGCGGGCAGGAGACCAUCACGGCCUUCUCCAUGGAGGACAACGAGCUGUGGAAGCGCCACUUGCUGGGCCUCGUGACGCAGGUGGUGCUCGCCGUCUACGUCGUGGCCAAGUCGCCGUCGUGGCGGCGCGGCAACGAAGAGCUCCUUGCUCCCGUCGUGCUCAUGUUUGUCUCGGGGACCAUCAAGUACGCGGAGAGGACUUGGGCGCUCAAGACGGCCACCUCGGAGACGAUCAAGGGAAGCCGCAUGGGUGAUCUCUGCAAGACCAUGUCGAGGUACCAAGCCGGAGACAGAUCGCAGGCGUCGAUCGACAGGUACAACAAGGACAUCGUGGGCCGCAGGAAAUGGUGGCUGCAGGAGGAGUACGCCGACCUCGUGGAGGCAGCCGGCGACAGCUUCCCCAACUGCAUAAACGCGUUGAUGGACAUCCCUGUGGCGCCAUGGUUGCUACCGCAGAUAUGGCCUAUUAUAGAGGAGAUGAUGGAAUCCGGGGAGAAGGAGUGGUUCCCGUCCAGGGCGUACAAGAUGGGCGAGAUCCAGCUCUCACUAAUGUACGACCAUCUCUACACCAAGGUCGGCCUGAGGUACGCGCACGCCCAGCGCAGGCCGCCGGCGGUCGUCUUCACCACCCUUGGCCUCCCGCUCCUGACGCUCGCCACCACCUCGUCGGCUCUGGCGCUAUUUGCUACGACGACGACGAGGAGCAAGGGCGGCGUGUCGUACUACAGCGCCGCCGACGUGGCCGUCUCCUACAUCCUGCUCGCCGGUGCCGUGGCGUUGGAGGUGCUCUCCAUCCUCACCUUCGUGCUGUCCUUCCGGUCCUAUUGCUUCCUGCGGGAGAAACUGGGAGCAGGCAGCAGGCUCACCAGGGCCGUCUUCUGGUCGCUGAAAUCCGUGCGGCCCUACCACAAGCCGCUGUGGUCCAACAAGUGGGCGCAGUACAACUUGCUGGCCGGCUGCAUCAGGGAGAAGCAAGCCGGCUGUCUCUCGAGGAUGAUGCGUCACGUCGGCCUGCUGGGGGACACCAAGCUGCGCCCCAUCUCCGACAGGACCAAGGAGCUCAUCUGCAACGAGCUAAACGACUGGACUAGGAUACAGCAGUUCAGCCAUGUCCGAGGCCAGGGCAUCCUGUCGUUGAGGGGCCUCGCCAAGGACUCGGACCUGUACGAGAGCAUCGACAAGGUGGACUUCUCCACCAGCGUCGUCAUGUGGCACCUCAUCACCCACAUGUGCUCUCUUCUCGCCGCCAGCAACAAGGACGGCGGCGGCGGCGACAGCCGGGAUGAUCACAUGCUUCUGGCCAUGGAGGUCUCCAACUACCUCAUGGACCUAGUCCUGGAGCGGCGCGUGUUGAUCAGCAGCGAGGGCCACGUGGCGCACCGCAAGGCCCGCGAGGAGGUGAAGCAGAUCCUCGCGGAGCACGGCAAGACGAAGCAGGUCGACGCCGACGACGCCGAGGCCGUCAGGGAGGUGCUGGAGGCCGUCGUGCGCAAGAUCAGGGACCCCGCCGAGAGGGCGGAGGGGGCGUACGGGCAGUUCGCGCGCAACCAGUACGAGACCAUCAGGCCCGUGCUGCCGCGCGCGUUGAGGCUUGCUCGCAUGCUGCUCUCCGGCCAGGACGACCCCGGAACAGGCUGUGAUCGUGUGUGGGAGCUGAUCGCGUCGGUCUGGAUCGAGAUGCUCUUCCACCUCGCCACGAGAUGUGAGGCCGGCUUCCACGCCAAGAACCUCUGCACAGGCGGCGAGUUCAUCACCCAUGUCAGGUUCCUGCUCCUUAACCGAGGGAUCGGCUGGAACUUUGUGCUUGGCCGUGCUUGA